AUGGCGUCUCCAACUGCUCCUAUCCCUUGUCAGUCUAUCAUGGCUAAAUUGGCUUCUGAAAUUUGUAUAAAGGAUCUUGGUCCUCUCAUCUAUUUCUUGGGUAUUAUUGUCGCUGGCACUACUACUAGCUUAUUUCACUCUCAAAAAAAGUAUGUUGCUAAAAUUCUAAACAAAGCCAUAAUGUUGACUUGUAAGUGUGCCCUUACUCUUGUCACUACUACUGGCAAACUCAGUGCUAAGUCUGAUGCUCCUUUUGAAAAUCCCACUUUAUAUCGAUGUUUAGGUAGCUCUUUGCAGUAUUUCAUCUUUACUCGUCCAAAUAUGUCUUAUGUUGUUGAACAGACGUGGGCGAGUGCUCCAAUACUUUUUGUUGUUGUCAUCUUGGGUAACCAUUUACUUUCUCGGUCCUUAAAGCAACAACCUAUUUGA